AUGAGUGGUUAUUACGGUCAACAACAACAACAAGGUUAUGGUCAACCUCAACAAGGUGGUUACUACCAACAAGGCCCUCCUCAACAAGGGUACUACCAACAACAACCUCAACCGGUUUAUUACCAACAACAACCAGAAAAGAAAGAGAGUGGGUGUUGUGGGACUUGUUGUAAAAUCUUGUGUUGUGCUUGUAUCUUGAACAUGUUGUGUGGUGAUUGUUGUGGUGAUGAUGGUGGUUAUUAG